ACAUCACGUGUUGCUGUUAGUGUUAUCAGUACUUAAUAUUUAUUUCUGCGCACGCGCUGUGGCCCUGGCCCGGUACUGUAUCGACGAUUUUCGUUAAAUUUUAAUCAUUUCUCUUGCCGCGUUCAAAACUUCAACUUCAAAACUUUCAAAAGUUUCAAAUUGUUUCCAUCACUCACAAGGUAAGUAGUGCAUUCCUUUCUGAAGGACAUAUGGAGAAUUCCUGUCACCAUCGAGACGAAUCAUCUUCUGAAGAAGAAGACGAUCGGCUGAAAGAAGCUUUGGAUCCGAGUAUGUUCACUGAAAAACCCGCGAUAAAGCAGAAUACAAAUAAACCGCAAAGUUUCACCAGCUAUAAAGAUAAUAUACUCGAUGUCACGCCGGAAUUUCAAUCGUAUAUUGGAAAAAACCUCGCAAAUAUGUUAGAUAAGAAUUUGAAAGAAUGUGAAGGAAAAUCAUUUGAAAUGAGUACAUCUCGAUCCGGUGGUAUUAAACUGUUUGAUGUGUCUUCAAUAAUUCUAACGGACGAUAAUUUUUGCGUAUAUUCCGACGUCAAAGUUGAUCCAAUUACCAGGAAAAAAGCUAGAUUUGCUGUAAAACGAGAUAAUUAUAAUGAAACGACAGAGAAAGAGAGAAUCAGUGCAGCUGCCGUAUCACCGGAAUGGAUUUUAGAAAAACAUUGCGUAAAAGGAUGGAGUAAACCGAAGGGAAAAGAAAUUAUAUUGAAGAAAAAUAUUGACGGAGUAUUGGAAGUUGUUGCACCUUCAUUUGUUUCCAAAUAAAGUGAGUUGAAAAAAGAAUUAUGUGAGGUAGUAUUUCAUUGGAUGCUCAUUUGUAAAUAUGUACUUUUACGUGUCGAAAGUCACAUCACAUUUCACAUGCGAUUGAAAUUAUAACGACCAGCAUCCAUGAAUAAUUGAAUAGUAUCUACCUAACAGACGUGAGCAGUAUCCCAUGAAAUUACUAAACUGUGAUUGAUUCACCUUCGAAGUAUUGCUGACAAGCGAACCCCCUCACAUGAUAACAUCCGAUUGGAAUGAAACUUGUACUGGUGGGAAGAGGACCUUAAAAAAAACCAUCCCCCAAUUUUCAGCUAUUGGAAAUUGCAUGAGAAAUCCAGCAUUCUUCAGUCUGAAUUUUAUCUUGAAAUUAUUCAAAAAUUCUAGAAAAACAUUUGUCAGUUCAUAGAAAGUUCUGAAAAAAAAACAACAAAAGAAGGUGUUUUUUUUAUUUUGAACAAAUCCCAUUCCUGAAGGGAAUUUCUAGUCAGAGUCACUAUGAAUACAACGUCAAGAGGUCGAGCUCAAUUGAAACUUCUGUGAUUUUAAAAUAUUUUUUCAUUCAACUUGAAUUUUCAUUUGACGCACCAUGUGUCUCUUCUGAUAUGCUCGGUGGUGUUCUGAUGCCGUGAAGCAUUUAAUCAUAACAUACAUAUUUCUUUUCUGUAACAUUAUUCCGCUGUUCUAAGGAAAAAAAGUCAAGCUUGCACCUAAAUGCCUCAUUUGUCAUUUUACGUAAAUGUCGAUGAACUUUUUUCCUUCAUUGCGUAUUAUGAGAUUGUUUGACAGAAAAUUGAGUUCAACUUUGAAAAUCAUGUGUUGUCUAAUGGUGGAUCCAAAUAUGAAAUCGUGUAGAUAUAGGCAUGAUACUGAGUUAUGGUACCUUACAUACCUACUCAUUUCUAAAUCAAAUAAUGAAAAUUUGAAACUUAAUAAAAUUGUGUUUUUGACUUUUUGAGAUGAAAACGUUUUCAUGGAAUUUUGGAUUCCUACUACCAUACUAGCAUGUGUGGCAAACUAAAAGGAGAGGUUUUUGGUUAUAGUUAUCUCACUUAUGACCGUUUAAAGCGCGAAUAUCAAUUUAAUGAUUUAGUCAUUUUUUAACUCCUUUUUUUAAUUGUUUACCUAAUCUAUUUUUUCAUAGUUUUUUUUAUUCUGAAGGGUUGAGUCAUGCCCUUAACUUUAUUUAAAUGGUAUCUUUAUUUGACGUGUUUGAUACAUGUCUACAUAUAAUAUGUAUUAUCAUUUUCAAGAUACAUGUAUCCUCCUGUUUCUGUAAAUCAUUGUGAAUGAUAUUUUGAAGAAUUAAACAUGUUUCUGUUCUGUGGCUGGACUCCUAACUUGGAAUUUUCAUUAGUUGCUUAUUUAUUCACUCAUUUUGUGUAGAGAAGGAGAUGGAGAAAGAACCAAACUUGUCACCUUCAUGGUAGAAGAUGAUCUCAAUGCCGAAUAUUUUGGCUACUCAAUCAAUGAACAUUGUUCAUUCUGUAAGGAGGGAAAUAUGCCUAAGGGUGACUCGUAUUAGAGUAGUUUGAUGUACCCUAAUUCGGGUAACACUGAUUGAGCGUCGGUCGCGGCUAUGAGCCUACGAGCGACGCCGGCAUCGUGGCAGUCUGUUUUCAGCAAUAUUCAGGCGGUCAGUUUUUUAUG